UUGCUUUUGAUCAGAGCACCUUGUACGUUACUUAGAAUUACGAGACUCGAUAUUUCGAUCAGCCCCACUAUUAUUUGACAGUUGUGCAUCAGCUGAGUCGACAUUGCUGCAACCCGCUAUGCAACUCUGUAGUACACACUUUCUCAAGGAAAUCCACUGCUAGGAAAAUAAAAUUACAGUAUAAACAUUUUUUGCGACAAUUUGAUCAUUUCUUUUGAAAUCCUCUAAUGACGCUAGACAGUAUACAACAGCAGACAAAUUAAUGGUAAUGUAUAAAGUAAUUUUCUAGCUUGCGAUAAGUAAAAGUUUAAGGACUUUGACAAUUAAACUGCAACGGAAGUAAAAGUGCGACGCAACAUUUCAUCACACCUCGAAAAUGAUGGGAAUAAAUGCAAAUUCAUAUGACGUUGACUUGGAGGAUGGAGAGAUUUCGGCUAGUUCAGAUGACGGGUAUACACCAUUGCAACGCCCAAACACACUGACCAUCAACACUUCGUCCACGCAUGAUGGCGCGACUACCAUAGCCGAUCAGUGCAGUCCUCUAGCAACAUGUCAUGAUAUGCAGCGGGCGCUAGAAGAAGAUGACUUGGAUGAUACUCAUGGAAGCAGCGGUGAUUCAUCAUCAAGUGAAUCCUCUGAUGCGUGUAUCAAAAAAUUAACAAAUACACCGACACACGAUGGCGCAACUGAUUUGCACUCUCAACGGAAACGUCGAAAACGGGUGCGCCGAACAGUGAUGGUACGUGUACCACCGGCUGACAUGGAGACACAAGAAAAACGUGCCAAAUUUAAGAAGUACAAUGUCUGGACAGCAGCAUUACAGGAAGAAGCACUAACUGAAGACAUGCGUGGAUGUGAAGUAGCGCGUGUGGAUGGUGCCAUUAACGACCGCAACGUUGAAAAUUAUGAUUUUUCCCUACACCGACGUUUGAAUGGUGGAAAUUGCCUUAAACGACGUCUUUCCAAUUCAACAGAUGACUUUUCAGACAAUGAGCUCAUGCCGGUAGCAAAACGUGGACGCUGUGCUAGUGAAGCUGCUGCACAUCGACGCUCAGUAAAAAGUCGAUUGGGAUAUCGAACACGUACACUGCGCGAAAGGCGUGGAUCAUCACCAACAAGUGGUUCAGAUACCUCAUACGAACCCCGACAUAUACUUGACUUAGAACCGCUAGAAGGACGUGAUCCAGUGGAUGUUGCCCGUGAAAUGUCAAAUAAAUUAAGAGAGGAAAAGGAUGAAUUAUUGGUACGUAUUGUUGAUGUUUUGGGCACGAAAUUACCUGUGGAAAUUUAUAAAGAAACGCAGCGUAUUGAAUUGGAUGGCGGCAUGAUGAUAAUGAAUGGCAAGCGGCGCCGAACACCAGGCGGUGUGUUUCUGUUUUUACUGAAAAAACAUCCAAGUCUAACAUUGGAAGAGCACAAGUCUAUUUUUUCUGAUGAUCGACAGAGAACGAAUAAAUUGCGAAAAGAGAUGGAAGCUCUUUCGAGGGAUCGUAAGGUAGAAGAAUUGAAGAAACGUCUUAGUGAACAAGAGAAGGACUUACCGGCACUUAGUACACGCAAAGAGCAUUUCUUGUUAGGCUCUGAGUUGGAAAAUCAGUCUGGAAAUAUAUCGAAUCCACCACCUUCACCAGUGGGCAAUGAACAAAGUCCAGAUUACAAGACACAUGCCAUUAAUCAUGUACCAUCUGAUGCGGACACCGAUACUUCUCCGGAUAAGCCAUCAACGUCGGCAUCGGCAUUAGCGGCCUUAGCAUCACCGCCAAAAGAUCUAGUUGGUUAUGAAGAUGACUUCUUAGACGUUAAUUGCGGUGAAAUGGAUUUAUUUUAGAAUAAUUUGUAUACUUUCUGGACCAGAACCGUUAGGCGUAAUGUAUAGCAUCAUAUAGAAAGAAACUCACUAUUAUAACAAACAACGUAAAUACAUUAUAAACGUACUUUUAUACAUAGAUAAUUAAGUAAACUGCAUAUACAAUAUAUAGAUAUGUAUAUAUAUGUAUAUAUAUAUAUAUAUAAUAUAUGUAUACACAUGUAGAUCAGAAAUAUGAAAUAUUGCUGAAUAACAUUGCGUCGUUCUACAAUACAAAAAGUAAUUUAUUGCAAAACAUAAAUAUAACACUAAUAAAAUGAUGAUUGAAAACCCAA